CAGGACGGCACGCAGGGCUCUCUGCCCGCCGGGAUGGACACACGGGGCGCUCAGGAAGCUUCGGAGACUCUGCAGAGUGACAGCGACGGGCAGAAAUGCCAGCUCGAGAGAGAAGCAGAAGAAGACAAACAUGGUAGUCUGGACCCACAGAAACUGUCAUCUUCAGUCCAUUUUUUCCCGAGGAUAGUAGACUCGGACUCCACGACGAUGCCGGAGUCGCUGUCGCUCUCUCUGUCCCAGGAUAUGCCUUUCAGUAACUGCGUGGACAUUAGUAGGAUAACCUUGUCAUCACUGGCACCUUUGACUUCCAAGACGACCCUGACAAGCGGCUCUCGAGCAGACAGCCUGGGAAAGCAAAGCAUGAACUUCUCACCUGCAAAGAAACAGCCAGUGCCAACCCUUGACCCUGACAGCCUUAUUCUUGGGGAAGGCGAGGACUAUUUCCUUUCUCUGUUUGGGGAGUCGAGGAAGCUCACAGCGGCACAAUCACCUAAUUCCCAGGAGUUGUUCACACACCUUUCUGUGAUUCUGGAAGAAGUUGGCAAAUGUACAACCAGUUCUCUCGGAGACAUUCAGAUAGCCGAGGUGGACGUCAAGGGUCUGUUUGUGAAGAUCCUCAACUGCUCCUCUGACAGAGAAGUGGACAUUGGGCGCCAUAUCCUUCAGCAGAACGUGGACGGACAUCCGAUUUCCAUGUACCAGUUCCGCCCAAACAUCCCGAUGCAGGCCCACGCCACAGUGACUGUGUGGGCAGCGGCUGCAGAGGCGAAGCACCAGCCACCCACAGACUUCGUCUGGAAGGAACAGGACAGGUUCAGGUCGAGUCCAGACUGCACGACCAUCCUGUGCCAACCCCACGGGGAGGCUGUCGCCUGGUACACGCCCAUUCACUGGAAGCAGGUGUGGGAAAAGCUGCAGAUCGACAUUGAGUUUGACAGAUGCUCCAUAGUGAGUCCUACAUCGCAGACCCACAUGUUUCGGUGGGCGACAUCCACGGCCGAGAUAAGAAGUCAAGACAAAGACGUCCCACCGAAGAAAGACCCCUUAAGAUGUCAGCUCGAACAACCGUCAGCUUCUCUCACGAAAGAAAAGGAAACCCCACCGACCCUGUUCCCCAAUCGCAGUCCUUGGUGUCGCAGCCCCAGCUUCCCGGCGCACCCGUACUGUCCUCUGAUUGAGCCUGUCGAUAGAGACACAGCCGAACGCACCUCGGAGAAACAGCUCCAAGCUCAGUCAGCCAGGCCCGUGCCAACCCCAGGCGUUUCUUCCCAAGCCUUGUCCCCCAAAGACAUCGUGGAGGUGCUUGGAGCGGCUGCGCUGGGCGUCUUUGUGAGUGCUGGUGCCGUGGCAGAUGGGGAGUUUGGAGAGACCUUUGUAAUGUCCAAGUGUUCGCUGGCUCUUCUGAUGGGCCCCCAUGAGAUCACCUCAUUCACACGCAUCAAUCAGUGCCCGCCCGAGUUCCAUAUAAGCCCUUGCCCUCAGCUCCUCAGGAUGCAGAUCCCACGGACUCGGAAGUGA